UACAAUUUAUUAUUGCACAGCAACUAGCAUUAACCAGCUCCUCAGCAUGUAAAGAACCUAACCCUGCUUCAUGUAGUACUAGCACCAAAAACGCUUUUGCUUUACUAAUGCAUGGUAGCAAAAAUAUCAUACUACCACCUAAACCAAAACCUGAAGAUGGCAAAAAGUUAAAUGGUCCCCAAAGACUUCAGUGUGAUAUAAUAGACUGGAUGGCCUCAAAGGGUUAUGGGUGGACACAAAGUUCUAGGGAUACAGCUGACUUUGUUGUCAAGAUCUUGAGAAAUUCUCUAUGGUAUAUAGAUCAUGCCCAUGAAAAAUUCAAGGAAAGUGGUUGUCCAAUUCCUAACUGUUUCUGUACAUUUCAUGGAUACAAUGAAUUUAAGAAAUUGCACCACAGAAUACCACAGAUAACAUCAGAAAGACUUAAUGAACUCUCGAUGGAUCUGACAAAAGCAUUAUCUUUUCCAUCAAUGUCCUUUUCUAGAAACAAGCAACUCUCCUCUGACAUGGAAUCACUUCUUGCCACCUUAAGUCAAUACAAAACAAGAUUAGACAAAGACAAUGCUCGUCAUAAAAAUUCACGAAAAUCUUGUUCCCCUCCACGCUCACUUGAGUCGGACACAUCCCUAAAGUAUAUACCAGGGAAACCUCAAAAUGAAAAUUGUUUAGAUGAGUCCAGCGUAUACAAGACUCUAGAGGAAGAUGUGAAAUGUGUAGAAAGUUUUCAGUUCAUAGAUCUAGAUAAUUACACGCCUGAAAACAGACUAAAACGAAGGAAAUACAUUAAUAGUUUGGAAUUAGAUGUGCCAGUGAUGCUGUAUAGAAUGGCAUUCGGUGGUUCUAUUGGUACCUUGAACUUUAUUUGGAAAGUACCUGGAGAUGACAGCAAUGAUCCAGAUGUUUCAACAAAAAAUAUCAAAAUUGUUAACAAAAUCAACAAAUCACUUCCAAAGUUUUCAACAAGGUCCAUGAGAAAGCAGUUCAUAAACCGCUAUUUUAAGAAUGUCAAGACUACGAAGUCUGUGCUGAGAAACAUAUUCUUUGAUCUUACUGGCUGUGAACCUUCAUGGGAAUCUAGUGAACAAGCUGAAAUUGAUGAGCGUGUAGCAUCUAUAUUACUUAAUGGUGAUGAUCCCUCUCUUCUACUUGAUUACAGAUCUUUAAAUGGAAAGGAUAUUGAUUCCAAAUACGGAGUUUUCUUUGAGGAAAUGGGUAAAUACUUUGAUGAACAGUUAAUGCCAGUUAAUGAAAGGCGACAUGGGGAAGAACUUUACUUACCUAUGGCAAUAUCAAUUGAAGAUUUGAGGAAUCAAGUUUCAAAGAGAUUACCAAAUGGCACACCAAUUCCAUGCAGUGAAACUGUUCGCUUACAGUUUCAACCAAACAGUACGUUUCAAAAGACUGCUUUAAAGUAUUCUGGUAGAUUUAAUGUGAAAUUUCGUGUGCAAACUCGACUUGCAAGAGUAAACCAUGUUGACGCAAGGUAUGUAGCUACCUCAUUUAGAUAUCUGAAGGAGUUCUGCGUUAGUAAUCGGGAUGAUGUUACACUAGUAUGUUUAGAUGACAAAGCAAUUGUUCCCAUUGGGGAGCCAGGAAUACCUAUCAGUACUGGUGUUAGGGGGCAUAAUAAAGUGCUGACUCCUUCAGAUGGUCCAAAACUAGUAUGUACCGACCAUGAUUUUCACAUAGCAGGUCUAGUGCCAUCUGUAGCCUUUGUAUCUAGGAUACCUCGAAACAGUAAUGACAGUUUCUUUAAAGGAAAUGUUUACAUUACAACGAAGGAUAAGGUCUUUCAGCCAUCAACACCCCACCGUCAUGCAUCUGAACUUACCAAGAUAUUACGUGAACAGUAUUCUGAAAACAGUGUUGAUUUGAAGACUCCGAUUCUUUGCUUGGUGACAGAUGGUGGGCCAGACCACAGAGUGACAUUUGAAACUGUCAAGUUAUCCCUUGUUCAACUGUUUAUUCAACUUGACCUUGACAUGCUAGUUGCUCUAAGAACUGCACCAAACCACAGCUGGAUGAAUCCAGCAGAAAGGUGCAUGUCAAUUUUAAAUUUAGCACUGCAACAUGUUGCUCUUGCAAGAAAAGAAAUGGAACCCACAUAUGAAAAUGCUGUCAAACACAAAUCUACACUAGGUGCUGUGCGUAACUUGGCUAACAUUAAGACUGGUUUCAAAGAUGCUUUUGCUGAAUCUGUUGGGAGUGUCAUUGAACUUGUUAACUCUCGUUUCAAGAGAAUGAAACUGAAAGAUGAACAUUUAAAAGUAUACACAGGCAUUCCAGAUGAAGAAAUUCAAGCCUCUCUUGAUGUUGUUGGUCAGGUCCUUAAUUCCAAUCUUACUGUUGACAUGUCUACGGGAGAUUUACGUAAGGUUAAGAACUUGCAGACCUUCUUGGCAGACCAUGGAAAGAGUAGUCACUACAUGUUCCAGUUGAAAAAGUGCAAUAACUGUGCCUAUUGCACAGUUAUUAACCCUCCAAGGCUUCCUGUUGCUGAAUUCCAGAGUUUGCAUUUUCUGCCUGACCCUGUUCCUGGAGGAGAUGGCCAUUAUCAAACCUUUGAGGAGGUGUAUGGACAAGUAACAGGCGAUACAUACAGGCCGAGUGCUCAAGUACAGGAUGAUCCUGCCACUGCCAACGACAGGCGUAACCGAGAUACAUUUAAGACCCAAAAAGUUCGUGAUGUUAUUGUAUGUGGCGAGUGCUCAAAACCAAGAUGUGUCUACAGUGAUAAAAAGCUUACCCGUGAACAAGAGGAACUGUUGCUGCGUUUAAAGGAGGAUCAUGUUUACACAUGUGGAGACCCCAUGGUAGCAGAGGAUGUGGAAGAUCCAGGCAUGGUUGUUCGUGAGGCCAUAAACUGCACAACAGAAGUGGAAACAAGUUAUUUCUCAACCUCCUUAAAGCACUACUUACCUCCAGUUUGUGUUCACUGCGGAAGUGUUGACAGUCUUUUAGAUGAUACAGACCCUUACAUUUCUAGCUUAUUUGAGCAAUAUUCUAUUGUUAGACCCAUAUGCCAGAUUUGUAAAAAUAAUGGCAAAGAUGCAAGAACAUGGGGAAAAAAAUUUCUGCCUAAGAAGUGCAGAAGAUAAACUGUUGAAUGUUGUUCAUGAUGAAGUGAAAUUGUAACAAAUAGAACAGUGUGCAUUCUUUGCUAACAAUUUAUUUCAUUAUUUUGUCCGAAGGUAAAAGCUGUUCAUAUUGUAUACAUGUGCCCAAAAUACAUAAUUUGCACCAUUAUUGUUAAUAUUUAAUUCCAGUUUUGACUAAUAGGGUGUGAGACAUUGCACAGUGGUAUUAGUACAGUGAAAUAAUGAUUUUUACAUGUAUUUCAAAGAAAAUAAUGAUAUUUCAAAAUAAAAUGUAAUCGCUCGCCUCUAUUUUUUUUAUGUCGCUCCUAAAUUUUCAAAUUUCAGUAUUUUAAUUUUAAAAUUAUUAAAUCGCUCGCUCGCCCCAAUAUUUUUUUGACUUAAAUCCGAAGACCAAGAAAUCAAAUUGGUGUGGCCUUUAGAUGUCAUUGACAAGAUAUUUUUUAAGGAUGUCAAUUUUAAUCGUGUGACUUUGUCGAUUAAUUGGGGAUUUAGUCGAGUGAUAGGUGAGUAAUAGUUGAUUUAUUUGACACUUUGUUUCCUUAUCGAAUAAAAAAUGCUACUGUCACAUACACCAUAUCUUUGAUAUAGCGACUGUGAUAAAACCAGAGGAGUUCAUAGACUAAACGCAAGAGAUAUCGAAUGCCACUAGUGGUUUGGCAUAAAUUAUCAAUACCACAUAAACAGGUAAGAUGGGCGGGUUUUAAAACGUCCAAUGAAAAUGCUUGUUUCAUAAACUCUAACUCGCAAUCCCAAUAGUGUCGUCACUUAACGCAUCAGUCCAUCGGUCUCAGCAUGUACAUCCAUGCUAGAUUUGCGAUAAGUAUCUGGAGAUGCAUGUUUUAUAAGCAAUACAAUGAAAAUAAAGAAGGACUUUCCAAAAAACAAACUUAUUCAUGAAACAGAAUUAAUACCUAUACUGGCAUACAGUCAAACUUUUUUAUUUUUUAUCUCGGACUAGAUGGGACUGUUUUAAAACUUUGAGAUAUCCGAGUAUGCCAGAUAUUGAGGGUAAAAUACUUAAAAAUAAGUGGUUAGGACUUCGACAUAUCCAUUGUAUUCGAGAUAUUCAUUGUAUUCGUGAUAACGAAGUUCAACUGUAUCUGACUUGCGGGUGUAGUUUAAAGAGGAAGAAGAGAGAGAGAAAGAAAGAGAGCAAUGAUUCAAUUAGAUUCACUGUGAAGAUGAACAUGAACUAA